UCCGUCGGUACUUGGUCCUUGUUGCUGCGCGAUACACCUUUUAGUCAUGCAAUUUCGUUUCGUUCUCGCGGGCAUUGUCUGCCUGUUGGGUGGAAUACAAGCCCAGACUAUUGCCACUAGCGUAGCAAGCGCCAUUUGUCAGUCCAAGGUUAACAUGGCCACUAUAAUCCAGCAAGUAAACAACACGAUCAACAGUGCCGAUCAGACGGUUUUGACAGCAUGGAAUCAAUUCGGACAAUCCAUGGUAGACCUCUACAACUCGUAUUACACCCGUUUCUCUGUUUACACUACAUUCGAUAUGAGUUACAUCACGAACGCCAUCACCAACAUACAGAACACCAUUAGCUAUCCUCCUAUGCUAAUCCAAGAUCAACAAGCCAGUCAAUUAUUUACGAACGUCCAAGCCAGCGCUCAACAGGUUGAAAAUACUCUCACUUCAGCGGCCGCCACCAUUACCAACGCUGCCUGCGUUUCUCCUUGCACCAGCCAAAAGUUAGCCACCUGCACAACCAAACACGGCACCAAGCUGACCACAGAUCCGAUUACUAUGGACCGUGUGACAGACUGCAUCGCUGCAGAAAAAGCACGAUACGCCAAAAUCGGCACGGAUAUGGCAUCGCAAUAUAGCAAUGUGGUCACCAGCGCUGCCAACUACCUAGCGGUGGUGAGCGUUUGCGACACCCCGACACCGGAGGAAUUGAACGAUGUACUUGCGAAUAAUGGACAUCCGUGGACGGAAUGUUUGAACAACUUCCUCCAAAGAAUUGGCAACGCUCCGUUGAACACCUACGUCGCCGACUCCAUGCGUUUUCCUCAGACUCAAGUGGUUAGCUACCGAAUGGAGCGUUGCGCUAAACUUGUUGCAUUGGAUAUUGCGGAUCGCGUAGCCAAAGUGUUGAGUGACUUCAACAGUUGCUUGGGAUAAAAUCAUUAUGCAGUGAUAAUCUAAAAGGAAUUGUAUUGACAAUCUAACGUCAGAAAAUGUUUACAGAAACCACUACAACAACAUUAAUAAAACUGACCGUGUAAGGCUUUUUUUCCGACAUUACCACGAAAACCAUUGUAGUGAACGCUGUUACUAUAAGAUUGUCACUACUCCGAAUCAUUGUAUUCUAUAUAUGAUGAUAAGCUGGUUGAUGUUUAUGCAGCAACAUA